UGAGAACCUUGAAGCUUCUCUGGAAUUCUCAUCGGCAUCGACAUCCUGAUCCGGGUUGUCACGGCUAUGUCCCCUUGGUCAUGAUGGCUCACUCAGAACCCCCUUCCCAAAUUCGUAUCCUCAGCCUCAACUGCUGGGGCCUCAAAUACAUCUCCACUUAUCGCCACGAGCGUCUCUCAGAGAUCGGUCGCCAGCUCGCCCUUGCAGACCCCCCCCCUGAGAUUGUCGGUCUCCAGGAGUGCUGGACCCAGCAGGACUUCAACAGUAUUCACGAGCAAACUCGCCAUAUCCUCCCCUACGGCAAGUUCUACUUCGGCGGCAUCUGGGGUGCGGGGCUCGCCAUUCUCUCGCGAUGGCCCAUCGAACAGAGCUCCAUGUAUGAGUACCCUCUCAACGGGCGUCCCACAGCAUUUUUCCGCGGUGACUGGUUUGUGGGGAAGGGCGUCGCCUGCGCACGCGUCCGCUUCGGUCCCGGCGUCCACGACAUCGCCGAGGUGUUCUGCACCCAUCUCCACGCGCCCUACGAACAAGAACCCCAUGAUAGCUACCUCUGCCACCGUACAGCGCAGGCAUGGGAGAUCGCGAAGCUCAUGCGCGGUGCUGCUGAACGAGGCCACCUUGUCAUCGCUCUAGGCGACUUCAACAUGAUCCCUUCUUCGUUUGCGCACCGGCUCAUCCGCGCCCACAGCCCCGUCCACGAUGCCUGGCAGGUGAUUUACCCGGAUUCCUCGAUCGGUGCAGCCAAGGACGCAGUUGAGCAGGUCCGUGGGAAACCCGUGCCUCCUGCCAAGUUCAACCUCCACCACAACGGCGCGACAUGCGAUGGUCCCUACAAUACCUGGCGCUGGCCCAAGCGAGACCAGAAGCGCCUGGACAAGGGCGAGGAUGAUGUCCCCGUUGACGACGAGAAACCGGAUAUCUACGGUAAACGCCUGGAUUAUAUUUUUGUGGGCGACGGAAUCAGUACAGGAUCUUCAUCUGCUCCCUCCUGGACCGUCGAGGAUGUUUGUGUCGGGAUGACCCAGCGCCAUCCCACCCUACGCUGUUCCCUAAGCGACCAUUUCGCUGUCGAAGCCACCAUCACCCGAACUCCUCCCCAGCCUCGACAAACCGAGACCACCGCCGAAAAAACAGCGCUCGCCCUCGCAUCCAGCCAAGGCCACAUCACCCUCUCCCCAGAGACGUACGACCACAUCAUCGACAUGAUCCACGCCUACGUGCGCCGCGAACGCUCUCAGCGCCGCUGGCGUCUCGCUCACUUCCUCGCCUCCGUGCUGGUCACUAUCGGCUGUUUAGUGGGCGUCUGGUGGACAGGAAACCGAUCCUAUAUCGCAUUUAUUCUGAUGCUGGUGAGCACCCUGGGUUUCGCCGCGGGCGUGCUGGAUGGGUUGAUUGGCGGGUUGUUUGUCUCGAGUGAGCUGCGCGCACUAAAGGAGUUUGAGUGGGAGAUUCGGAAUGCAAAGAGGAUGUUGCUCGAGCGAGAUGCUGAGCAUGCAGAGGAAAAGGGUGAGAGUAGUAUUUGAAAAAAAAAAAAGGCGAGAGAAAAGAAAAGACGUAUAGUAAGUAAGUAUCGCUGGAAAGUCUGUGUACAUUUAAUUCUUCUUCCUGCAUAUUCAUAUUUGAUUGAUGCUUUGGAGGGUCCUUUUUUUUUUUCUUUCUU